UCCCUUUCUGCAGACCUUCGCCCGACGUUCAAACGACCAUCUAUGCCACAGUGGCGCGACCAGUUCCGCGUGUGGAUCAAGAUUGACGGAGUUGACGCCGAGGAGUAUGGUGUGGAGGUCGACGAGGCGAAGCGGGUCGUGUCUUGCUGGAUUGGGUCAGAGGUCGGAAAGACGUUCAGUGUAGAAUGGGACACCCUCUCAGCCAAUUUGCCUCUCAAGGGGACAGUACUUAUGGACGGGACUCUGUGUGCAGGGAAGCUUAACGGCCCAGGGCUCCUCUCGAGACACCACACCUUCGCUGGUGUCUCAAGUGGAAAUUUUGUACAGCCGUUCGUCUUUGGCGCGCUCACUCUCAGCGAUGACGAUGCGCUGCUUGACGCCACGCCGAAUCUUGCGGAGCUGGGUGUUAUAGCGCUCAAGAUUACGCCUGUAGCUAUGACGGCGAGGAAGUCCACGCCCCACAACGACAAGAGCGCGAUAGCGCUGCCCUCGCUGAAUAUCCACGAACAGUCAAAGAAAGCCGUGACACAACAAGUCCAGCUUGGUGCUCCGCAGCCGGUAACUCGGAGGCCAAAGACUGGCAGAAGUAGCCGCGCGGAACGAACUGGUCCGUCACUCGUGAAAUUUCGCUUCCAGUACCGGCCAAUUGAAAUCUUGCGCGCCAACGGAAUUGCCCCGCUCCUCAAGCGUCGCUUAUCUCCCUCUCCGUCCCAGUCUGCAGAGCCACGACCGGAUGGCGGUGACGAGGCAGACGAAGUAGAGCGUCUAGAGGAACAACUUUUGGCUGCGAAAGCCCGGAGGGCAGCGAAACAGGUGGACAAGAAGCCGCGUGUGAAGCGCGAGCUUGGGGUUGUAGACUUGACGGGACCAGACCCGCUUGACCGUCCCCCGGCGAAGAAGAAAGUCAAGCGGGAGGGGUCGAGCGAGGUCAUUGACUUGACUUGA